AUGCCCGCUGGCAUGGGUAAAACUGCAGGGAUCUUCCGUGGCCGUUCCCGGCUCCCGCAGGCGAGCUGGAGUUUGGCUCCACACGCCCGAGUUAAGAGAGCAUUAAAGUUGGACACUGUUAAAAAAGAUAAUGCAUCUGAUACACCACCUUUGAAGACCAAAAGGCAGAAUCUAAGCUCUUACUCACCAACAACAGGAACACGCCAAAUGAGUCCAUUUUCAUCUCCCAUGAGUCAUAAUGCACAAAAUCUCAGAAAUCGCCCAGCGUGUGGAGAUGGAGCCAAGCAGAAGGGUUCAGAAAGCAGAUUAUCCAGGAGAGGGCAGCCUCAAACAGUGGAGGACACGUUCAUGGAAUUGCAGUCCAAAGUGGAAAGUUCCUUGGCUAGAAUUGUGAAAAUAAGAGCAAAUCUGACAAGUCUACAGGCUUUGGAGGGCAGUAAAGAGCUUGAAAACCUUCUCGGUGCCUCGGCCUCGCCUCGCCUCCUGGGCGCGGAGGUGCAGAAGAGCCGAAUGCUGAUGAGUGAAGCAGAAGAACUGCAGCUGUUCAAAAGAAGCCAUGGAAAACUUCCUGCCCGAGGUAGGAAACUUUUUGUAACUCCGGUGUAA